AUGUUUGGCUUCAUUUCCCUUGACAUUAUAGGAAUCCCAGGAAAUCUAGUUAUCAUUUAUGCCUUCAUCAAAGCCAUCUGUCAGCAAAACAUCACACCCAAUGAAAUCAUUCUUUGCAAACUUGCACUUGUUAACCUUCUGGUGAUGCUGACAAGGGGGGUCCCACUCAUUCUCCAAACAGUUGGAGUCCAUACCACAUAUAAUGAUUUGAGCUGUGGCAUCCUGCUCUAUAUCUAUUGUGUGAGCAGAGCCAUGAGUAUCUUCCUAACUUCCAUGUUGGGUUGUUUCCAGUGUCUCUUAAUUGCCCCAUGUCCACCUCGGUGUUUACGGCUAAGGCACAGCAUCCUUGUAAGACUCCCUUCCAUCAUGAUUUCCCUGUGGUGUUUCAACCUACUGGUCUGUUGCACCCGUUUGCUUUAUUCUGUGCCUCACACUGGUACUAACUGCACCAAAGAAGACAUCACUGUGAUAUAUGACUUUUGCUGUGUGGUAUUUCCUAGCAGUCUUUUGUACUUUGGAAAUGGAGUGGUGUUUGUUGUCCGAGACAUGUUCUUCCUGGGGCUGAUGACCUUCUCUAGUGGCUACCUUCUCUUUAUUCUUUAUCAACAUGGAAAGCUGAUGAAAAAUUUGCCCAUGAUACAAUUGAAACACGUAGAAAUUCGAGCAGCAAAAGCUGUAAUGAGUUUGCUAAUUAUGUACCUCCUCAGUUUUGGACUAGACAGCAUCUUCUGGAUGGUCAAUCUUUGCAAAUCCCCAGUCUCACUGAGGUUUGCUGAUGCACGCAUGUUUUUUGAUUCCUGCUAUUCUUCUGUUAGCCCACUGGUGAUUAUUUUAACAAACAGAAAAAUUAAAUCAAGCAUAAAGUGUGACAUUUGGAAGAGCUAG